GAUAGCAUCCACACAAGUGAGAAGGUCCUGUCGUUCAUGGCCACUGAAAGAGGGUGGCUGUGAUCUAGGGCACUGAGGCUCUUCCUCUAUCCCGGCUUUAAGAACGAGGGCUGGGCAGUUUUUCUCACCCCCCUGCAUGUGCUGAGCACCUGCUGGCAUGAGGUUUUUCCUCCAGUAUGUGGGCUGUUUUUUUGCUUUUUUCUCUACUGGGUUUUUGAUAGCAUCUACCUGGACAGACUGCUGGAUGGUGAAUGCCGAUGAUUCCCUGGAGGUGAGUACAAAAUGUCGUGGCCUGUGGUGGGAAUGUGUCACAAAUGUUUUUGAUGGGAUCCAAACUUGUGAUGAGUACGACUCCAUCUUUGCUGAGCAUCCUGUGAAGCUGGUGCUGACCCGAGCGAUGAUGAUCACAGCAGAUGUCCUGUCAGGAUUUGGAUUUCUCUUCCUUGUUCUGGGACUAGACUGUGUGAAAUUCCUUCCUGAUGAGCCACUCAUCAAACUGCGCAUCUGCCUCGUGUCUGGAGUUACAUUGCUCAUUGCAGGUCUCCCAGGCAUUACUGGCUCGGUGUGGUAUGCUGUUGAUGUCUACGUGGAGCGCUCCUCUCUUGUCUUCCACGACGUGUUUUUGGGCAUCCAAUACAAGUUUGGCUGGUCAUGCUGGCUCGGCAUGGCGGGGUCACUCGGCUGUUUCUUAUCUGGGGCCCUGCUCACCUGCUGCAUGUAUCUCUUCAGAGAGACAAGCUCUGGAAGACUCCACUCUGCUCACUCCUUGAGGAAAGGCUAUUCUUCGGCUGGGACAAUCGUAACAAACGUACACGUGCCAUUCUCCCAAACAGCUACUGCCAAAAUGUAUGCAGUGGACACGAGAGUGUGAGGAGGAGGUGAGUGCUCCAGAAAGAGCUCUACUUCUGUUUGUAGAGGGUUGUGCAGAUACCCAAUCUCCUAUGCUUCUAAUACAGAUGCAAAGUUAAAUAUCGAAGAUGUACUGUACGCUACAAUAUUUGCACUAUGAAAGCUUAAAAAUCAACCUGCCUUCAAGAAAGUAAUCUCUAAGGAGACCUUGCUUUAGGGAUUCCCGUUGUCUUGAGUGCUGAGGCCAUUUACAUCAGCACGGACUGAAAUAAACACCAGAAACUCUUUCAGCAUUUGAAUCAACACUAUCAGCACAAAUGAGAACCACUCCUGGAUCAGACGUUGGUGUUUGGCAUGAAGAUCCCCAAGCUGUACGAUGGCUCUGUUCUGUGUCUGGAAAUGUGUUAACAGAACAUACAAAGCAGCAGAUACAGUUGAAGAGAGCGACUGAUCGUCUGUCCAACAUCUGGACACUGUGUACCAGCAUGGGGUUCUGCUCCUCCUAAAGGCAGCUGGAGAGUUCAGCAGAAGAGCUGUGUUAAAUGCCUGGCCCUCUCUUUGGCCCUUGAGUCUCUGCACUGAGAAAACACUGCAAAUUCAGGUGCAUUUCUCCCUGCAAAAUACAGUCCUACUCAGUAACUGUUAAAAUGUACAUUACAGAUGCUCUAGACUCACUGAGAUCUGGAAAUUGGCAGGUUCUUUCUGCUUAGUAAAAAGCCUGGAGAAAACCAAGGUGAGUGAAUACCCAAGACCUGACCUUUUGCAUGACAAUAUGCCUAUACAAAGUAGAAACUAGGAAAAAUGACAGUAAAAUCCAUCAUCACUUUCUAUCAAAAGGUAUUUAAAUCCAGUUCAAGUGUGUUGUCCCUUGCUGCAAUCCAGGCUGCCAUAGGCUGGGUGAGACUAGAGCAUCACUCAUGUAUUCACUAGGCUGCGUGAAAAAAACUUAAUGCAGUUUAGUAUGCUCCCUAAGAAUGGAUGCAAAUGCUCUUCCAUGCAUUUGAAGGAAAGAGAAGCUGAGAAGCAGGUUUUUCAGGGUUACUAGGAAUUGCCCAGAUCCAGUCCUUUCUACCAUGAGCACAACAUCGUAAUACAGUCAUGGGCACCAGGGAGUGAGAAAAGUCUCUCAGCACAGAGACAUUUCUGUUCAGCAGGAGUGGAGAAACAACAGUGGAGUCUCAAGAGGGUGUGCACAUCUGUGGGUACUGACACUCCAUCAGAGGUAGGCUUCCUCCAUGGACUGCUUGGUGGAGGGACUAGAUGGAGAAACUCCCUUCCUCCUGAGAGGCAAUAUGAAGUGAGGCCUUAUGCUAUGAGGACCAGAGGGUGAUGAGGUGAUUGUGGAUGGAGUGGGCUAUGUCCCAAAGGUUAACUCUGAUAGUCCCUACUAUGGAAAAUGAGGGACUGAGUCCUCUCUUGGUUAUCCUAGAAGCAGCAUCUUGGGCUCCAGCACAGAACUGACCAGCACUGGUAAAAACAUAAACCGUUCUGACAUGGGCCUAAUCAAAUAACACUCAGACCCUAGGACAGAUGGGAUAACAACAGGUCCGUAUGGCUUUGCUGUGGGUUCAAGAAGCUCCACAAGUCUCAGACCGUAACACAACCACCUCAGCAAGAGCCCUUGAGACAGUGUUGCUGCCCAGGCAAGGGAGGUUUCAUGCCUGCAAAGUUCAUGCUGCUUUAGUUGGCAGAUAUUUGUGUAAGCCAAACUGAAAGCAACUUACUGCCAAUGGAUGAGCUGUAUUGAACAGAUGUAAGCACAGUAGGAGAUGUCACGGAAGCUUUUUCACGAACUCCUGGGAGACAAGGAGUACAAGCGUUAUGAGUGCCAUGAUGAAUUAAUGGAUUACACCAUGAAUACAAGAGUGCACAAUUACACAAGAAUGCACAAAAAGAUCUGGAGUUGACAGGAAUUUCUUGCCUGUUAUUGCAAGAAGAUGCAUCCAGAGCUUUUUUUUUUUUUUUAACUUUUUCAUAGUCACUUCAGAAAUACGUGUUUGUUGUGUGGCUUUUGCAGUGAAAGAGCUGGAACUGGUACAUCUUGCUAGAGGAGGGAAGCUCUUAGGAUGUUUGUGGGUCUGGUUCCUGGGCUUUGCCUCUGCUUCCAUGUUCCUUCAGGGAUAUGUCAAGAAGGAGAGGGAGGAUGAACCCACUGCAAAGGCAAAGCUUUGCUCUGCCACUGCUCCAAUGCCUGCAUCCCUGCUCCUUCCCAGGGAGGCCAACACUGUCUCAGCCUCCCUGAGGGAGAAGAGAUGCCCUGACACCACAGGCUGCCCCUGCCUGACUCAGCCAGCACAAAGAUGCUCCUUGGGAGGAGGUACUGAGGAAAGGCAUCAUAACUUGGACCAAAAUCCAGAAUCAAAUUCUUCCCAGACUAUGCAACCAACGUGUUAGCUCUCAUCAUUAACACUUAGGGACAUCUGCCAGUCUCUUGCUGCUGUUUUCUAUAGCUUUUUUUCUGAAGCAUGAAGAUUAUCUCUCCCUGGGAAGAAUUAUUUCUUGGUUACAAGAGUAGAAAUGAUCUAGGAUUGCAUCCUAAUGCAGAUCUAAUUGCAGAUCUCAGACCAUCGACUUCUCCUGUUCUUAUUCUCCUGCAAGCUGCAGUUGAGAAGUUUUCUGGGUCUUUGUCAUAAGGGUCUUUGGCUCGUUUUAAGGUGGUGGGAGGUGUUUUGUGACUUGCAGCAGGUGGGUCACACCAAGAAGCAGCUCAGUGGACACUUUGAGAUUAAAUGUGUAUGUCCUGGUCAGGGUGAAUAUAGAGGGCUGGUCUCAUUAGUCCCUCCAGCCCUGUGCCUCUCCUGGGACUACACAAAUAAGGCACACACAUACCCCAAAUACUACCUUAACUCAGGGUUCAUCAUCCUAAAAUAUUUAUGUAUACAAAGAAAGUUGCACAAACAUUUGUGAGCCUUUCUCUUCUUCAAUAUCUAUGCAGGAUAAGGGUUAAUUCUUUAACUAUGCUCCUGUUGUAGCCACAAUCUAUGGUAUCUUUUGAGGAUCCAGCUUCUGCACAAGGAGACUAGAAAAAUGUCACAGCAAGCCUUAGGUUUGCUGGGUUGGUGUUUCAUAACAAGUCCAAUGCCGCAUUGCUUCAUUAUUGAAAUCUUGCUGUCAGUUUAUCUGAUGUUUUGAUCAGUUGUUAAUAUUUAAUUGUUAAUUCACCGUUUUAUUUAAUUCUGACUGUGAUUUCAUGACUUCAGUAUUCACUCCUCAUGCUCAUUACCAUGCCACAAUGCAGAUCUAUUUUAGUUUGGUUGUUUAUUCAUUAGUAAGAAACCUCCCAGAAAGUACACAGGACUUAUUUUCUUUCAAAAUCACAGCCAGUCCCUAAGACUAAAGACAUUGCAGGUGAGUUCAGUUAUUAAGGUAUUUCCUUAAUGCCUACCUACAUCCCAUUGAGCAGCAGCCAGCUAGGAAAGAUAUAAAUUGACUUUGCCUUCCUAAUGGCCAUCGACAGCUUCUGAAAGCUCUUCCCUCAGUUACAAUUUCCGGCUGAGGCUCAACAUUUAAUCCUUUGGUGUCAUGAGCCUUUUAGCCUUCUGCAGAUUUUCAAUAACUUCCAGGGAGUAUUUUAGUAUGCUUGGGCAUCUCAGUCUCGUUGCUUUUUUUUCCCAGGGAAUAGGCAGAGCCAAGGACUUAGCUGAGAGCUGGGGCUCUUGGUUUCCUCCCUGAUGCACUUGCCUCAUGGUGUCUCCUUGAACUUGGGGUUCUCUGUUGCCCUCUCCACUAACAGCACACAGCUCAGUGUUCUUUUCCAGGGCUCCAGCUGGUUGCAGGUUAUGGAAAAUAGCAAAGCCUUGUAGGAAAGCUCUUUGCUAAGUUAAUUUCAUGCUUUACAAAUAGAUAUUGAUUUCCCAUUUUGAUAUAUGCAAGUAAGAAACAGAAUAAAACAGUGAUAUCUGCAAUGGUUGUCCUUUUCUGCAUGCAAUAUAUUGUUCUGUCACUGCCUCGGUUAGCCUUGUUCAUAAAGGCUCUUAAUAAUUUGGUUCUAAUUAGGACUCUUACUGUUACCUUGUGAACUAGACUAUCUUCUACUGCAGCUGCAUAUUUUCCAGAAUACGGAUUUCCCUCCUUUUCACACACGUUGCAAUUUUUGUGUGAAUUCAGUAGAUCCGAACAAUCAUUUUCAGUAGAUAAGAAUGUUACUUCAGAAUUCUGUUUUUCUUAUGUAUUUUAACACUUGUGAGAUAUAAUAAAUGCAGUUGUCUUUGUGUGUCUUUUUUCUCUGACCCCACAUCCAAGUUUUGCCCAGAAAGGUCCUUUGUCAGGUGAGCUGCUCUGAUGCUCUACUGCAAGGACCCGCAAAUGGCAGCAGCACAAACAGGAUCAACCCUUGUGAAACUGGGGUGUGAUUUAAAGGCUGCCCAGACCUUUGCUGGUAGCUGCAGACCCCAGGGCGCACCUGCAGCAACGGCUCUUUGACAGCUGGCAGAUUUUAUCCUCAGCUUCGGCUCAUCCACUUAUGGUCAUUUCAUAAACUUCCAAAGAGAGAAAAAUAAGAUGUUAGCAAGAAA